AUGGACGUCAGCCGGUCAGCUCGACCCCUGCGCGCGGCCCUCGCUCCGGUCGUCCAGGUGCCACCCAUCCAGGAGUCGCCCAUGGAGAGACUGCGCCUUGCAGUGAGCUUUGCCAAGCGCUGUGGGGUGGAGGAUCAGCUGGUGCUGAAAGCCGAAGCCUUCAUCAAGCUGGAGGAGUCACGGAAGCAGGCCAUCCAGCUGACCGUGAGCAAGGUCUCCAGCGCCUUUGAGCGGGCGAAGAUUUGCCAGAAUUUGGAGGCGAUGAAAGAGAUCAAGGAGCAGCUUUGUGGCUUGCCUGGGAACUACCCCGAGGUGGAGCGACUGCGGCGGCGCGUGCACAAUGCCAUUGAGGACUUGAAGGGCCAUUUGAGGGUCUUCUGCCGGGUCCGGCCCUUGAGCCAGAAGGAGCAGGAGAUGGAUGAGGAGGUGGCCGUCCGAAUGGCCUGGGACGCCCAGAGCUCCCGCGCAAUGGGGUCUUCACCUUCGACGGCGUCUUUGCGGGCGGCCGACAAGAGCAGAUGUUCGAGGAGUGCAAAGAUCUGGUUCAGAGCGCAGUAG